AUGUUUGACAAUAAAACUCACAAAAGAGUAGGAACGAUUGUAAAUAAUGUCAAUAACUACUAUUUAGAAUAAGAAGAAAAAGAAAGGCUUUUGUAAGCUAGUAUGUCUAACAAGAAGCCAUAAAAAAAAAUAAUUCAAAAGCAAGUCUAUAUGUAGCAUUUAGAAAAGAGACUUAAUGAAAUUACAGCAAUAGGAAAAGAAAUGAGAGAUAUUUAAGCAAAUCAAACUUAAUCUAAAUAAAAAGAAAUGGUUAAAUAACUUUAAAUGGAAACUUAAAUAAAAGAUUCUAAGUAAUAAUAAAAGAAGCUUAGAUUAUGUAAAUAGUUUAUGUAAACAGGAUUGUGUAGAAAUAAAGACACAUGCAAAUAUGCUCAUUCAAUAUAAACAUUAGAUACAGAGUAUUUUCCUUAAAGCUGGGUUAACCACUUCAAGAGAAAUAUGAUAUUAAAUAGACCGCAAUCAGCAGUAAAUUUAAAAUCAGUAUCACAAAUAACUUCGCCUCCUAAGGCAGUAGAUAAUAUAUUCAACUUUUUUUAUCCUUCAUUAUCAAAUGAAAAAAAAGUAACAAUUAGUCCUCAAACCUAGAUAUUUACUAUUAACUAAAACAAAUAAAACCAAUAAGAAUAAUAACUAUAAUAAACUCCGUAAGUAAAGAAUCCUUCUAACUCUGAAAGAAUAAAAUAAUUUCUCACCAGAGUCUAGUCUGCUAAAAUUUAAAAAUAAAAUCCUAAACCUAUAUAAGAUCCAAAUAUUGACAAAGUUAUAAAUUAAAAAGGUAGAACCAUGCUAAUGGAGGCAGUCAUACAAGGAAAUAUUGAAGCUGUUCGAAAUUUCCUGUAGCUAGGAGCAAACCCAAAUUUAACUGAUUGGAAAGGUGAUAACAGCAUAAUACAUGCAAUCAAAAAGAACUUUAAUGAUAUAUUAGGUGUAAUCCUUGACACUAGCCAAAAAUACAUUAAUUUAAACAACAGGUUUUUUACAAAUAAAGUCACAUACUUAAUGAUGGCAGCAAAACUAUCAUAAAGUGACAUGGUAAAAACUUUGCUUGCAGCGAAAGCAGACCCUAAUAUAACAGAUGAAGCAAAUAGAACUGCUAUUUUUUAUUGUAUUUUUAACAAUGAUUUAGAGAGUAUAUAUGAUUUGGUAGAAGGAGGUACUAAUUUAACUAUAGUUGAUGAUAGAAAGAAGACUUGUGUAGACUAUGCUUUCCAAAGAAACUAAAUAGAUCUUAUAAAUUAUUUGUUUUCUAAGGGAGGUGCUUUAGCAGACACUACAUAACACCACAAAAUAAUGUUCUUGGCUGUUUAAAAUAAUAAGCUAGGGUUAGUUUAUGAGCUAAUCAAAAGAGGUAACUCGCCUAUGUCAGUUGAUGAAAAUGGGAAUAAUCUAAUGUUGUUAGCAAUAAAACAUUAAUAUUACGAUUCUGCAAUUGAAUUAUGCCAAGAUUAUAGUUUGAACAAUAUAAUUACACAAAAUAAUAAAUAAGGUGAAAAUUGCAUUUUCCUGUCUAUUAAAGAACAAGCUUAUUAGCUGGCUAAAUUUUUUAUAAGAUAGGCAAAAAGUUUAGAUUGUGUGGAUAAUGAAGGAAAGACAGCUCUUAUUUAUGCAGCUGAAUCUAACUAAGAUGAUCUAGUAGAAUUAGUUAUGCAAAAAGAUAUACAAGAUAUUAACAAAUAAGAUAAAAAAAUGGGAACUGCACUGAUUUAUGCUGCCAAAACUGAAAACAUACUUUCUAUUGAACAUAUCCUUAAGUGUAAGCAAACAGUAAAGGCUUAUUUGGUUGAUUUUUAUGGGAAAAAAGCAAGACACUAUUGCUAAAAUAAAACAGCUGCUAAAAGGAUAAUAAAUCGCUAUAUGAUUGAUUAAGGAUAGCUUUCUGAAUCUCUAAUAAAAGGUUUGCUAAAUUUUCUUCUACUUUAAUUUUUAUUCAUUAUUUUAAAUCUGAGAGAUAUAAUAAAAUUAAUUAUAAUUAAAGAAAUGGAGGAGGAAGAAGACUAUUUGAACAAAUAAAUGUUAUUUAAAAUAAAAACCAUACCUUAGCAUGAUAGUCAUGAUUAAAAAUUUAAAAAGGUAAAAUAGAAUUAAUAACAAUAUUAAUCUUGA